AUGGGUCAGUCAUUUGCGUGCUGCAGUAAUAAUAAUGUCGAUAACAACGAUGUCAAAACUAACGACUUCUCCAACAGCCUGAAUAGAUAUAAGCAGGCUGGAGAUAAGAUACAAUAGAUUAUCAAGCUACAGGCCCUGUUUAGAGGCCACCUCACUAGAAAGAGAGUACUGAGACUAAAGGAAUCGACUGGCUAUAGACAGGGUGGAAUGUUCAAUAAUCAUUAAAUGAGUCCUGAUGGCGUAAAUAACUAUGAUAACCCAGAUGUCAUUUAAAUCAGAGAGCAGAUGGGUGAAUUUAAUUAUGAAAUGGAGCCACCAGGUCUAGGCAAAAGAGAAAUGAGACAAAUGGUCACAUUAGAGAAUGGUGCCAGAUACGAAGGAGAAUGGCUUGUCAAAACUCAAAUCAGAUAAGGUCAAGGUAUUUAAAUCUGGCCAGAUGGUUCAAUGUAUGAGGGUUGGUGGAGAGAUAACAAAGCCAAUGGCAAGGGUAGACUUAUUCAUGCUGAUGGUGAUGUUUAUGAUGGUCAUUGGAAAGAUGACAAGGCUCAUGGUUUCGGAGUUUACAGCCAUUUAGAUGGUGCAAGGUACGAAGGAGACUGGAAAGAGGAUAAGUAACACGGAAAGGGUCUCGAAACCUGGCCAGAUGGAGCCAGCUACGAAGGUGACUACGUAGAAGGCAAAAAGCAUGGCACUGGUAGAUUCACCUGGGCAGAUGGAAGUACAUACACUGGUGAAUUUUAAGAAAAUAAUAUCGAGGGUCAGGGAGUAUACGAAUGGUCAGAUGGUAGAAAGUAUGAUGGAGAAUGGAAAAACAAUAAAAUGGAGGGCUAUGGAGUGUUCACAUGGCCUGACGGCAGAAGAUAUGAAGGAUAAUACAUUGAUGAUAAGAAAGAGGGCAAAGGAGUAUUUUUCUGGCCUGACGGAAGAAAAUACGAUGGCGACUGGAAAAAUGGUAAGCAACACGGAGAAGGUACGUACACUUCAGCUACUGGUAAAACUAAAAGAGGAGAGUGGGCAGAGGGUAAAAGAAUCAACUGGCUCAACUGA